AAUUAUUAAUUGUGGGUGACUGAAUUCGUUAUCAAUUUUUGAUUCUGACCAUGCAGUCGUAAUCCUAAUCGUGUUUUUACGUUAUUUCGCGCAAUUUUGAAGCAAAAUGGAUCUUCAGACAAAUAAAAAAAUAACAUGGUCCUUGCUGGAACUCACCGGACUCUUGGAAGAAGAGGAUGCUUAUGUAUACUUCGAGAGGACCACCAAGCAUCUCGCAUUACAUCCGUACCAUUUGAUUAACAUUCAGCGGGGUCUGAAUCAAAUAUUAAAAUCGUCAUUGAAUAGUUACGACAAAGAAUUGAAUGGAUUUUUGCUAGCUUUUAAAAAUCCAAAAUUGCUUAGUAAUUUUGGGGAGCUACUCUAUGACUCUCCCUUUAUCCAUGUUGAUAUAGAAGCAGACUUUUAUUUGUUUCGUCCAAUGGUUGGAUCUUUUCUAAAAGGUAUAGUGAACAAGAAAGGCUUAGAUCAUAUUGUGGUCCUAGUGCAUAAAAUAUAUACUAUAUCUAUUCCGAAACCGGAUAAUAAGGAGGAGUGGUUAGGAGAUUCGGUAGAGAUUGGUCAAGAAAUAAGAUGCUGUAUAAAUCAAAUAGACAACAAGAGUAAACCACCUUUUAUUUGUGCCACUAUAAAUUCUGAUUAUUUGCAAGGCUGCAGAUUAUCAGAGAGUAUAAAUAAUGUCUAUAAUAUACAAAAUGUGAAAAUUGAAAAUCACAACUUCGACAGUAUUAUUAAGCUUGAAAAAACAUACAAUGAAAUAUCAGAAGAUACUAUUUAUGUCAAAGAGAAAAAACAUCGAAAAAAACAUAGUAUUAUUAAGCUUGAAAAAACAUACAAUGAAAUAUCAGAAGAUACUAUUUAUGUCGAAGAGAAAAAACAUCGAAAAAAACAUAAACAUACUUAUGAGAUUGAUACUUUUAAAAAUGUAAAGAAAGAAAUAAAAUAUGAAGACGAAAAAUGAAAAUAAUAA